UGACGUCAGCCUCACCCUAUAAAAAGCUGGCAAGGAGCUGAAAAGCAGAGAGCAGAGCUCGUGGAAGAGUGAAGAUGCCAACCCCCAACAUCUCCACCUCUGCCGCUAAAGGCUUCCGCAGGGCGGUGUCGGAGCUGGACUCCAAGCAAGCUGAAGCCAUCAUGUCUCCACGGUUCAUUGGUAGACGCCAAAGCCUCAUUGAAGAUGCCAGGAAGGAACGAGAGGCUGCAGCUGCAGCCACUGAUGCUGCAGAGUCCACAGAGACAAUUGUUUUUGAGGAGAAGGAUGGGAGAGCCAUGCUGAACCUAUUCUUCAUGCUCAAGGGUGUCAAGACCUCUCCACUCUCGCGAGCACUUAAGGUAUUUGAGACAUUUGAAGCUAAAAUCCACCACUUAGAGACAAGACUCAGCCGAAAGCCCCAUGAAGGGACUGCUGAACUGGAAUAUUUUGUGCGCUGUGAGGUGCACAGCUCUGACCUCAAUACUUUCAUUAGCUCCAUCAAAAGGGUAGCAGAAGAUGUGAGGACCACCAAGGAAGACAAAUUUCACUGGUUUCCCAGAAAAAUAUGUGAAUUGGACAAGUGCCAUCAUUUGGUUACCAAGUUUGACCCCGACUUGGACUUAGACCACCCGGGCUACUCUGAUCAGGUAUAUCGCCAGAGGAGGAAAUCAAUAGCAGAAAUUGCUUUUCACUAUAAGCAUGGGGACCCAAUCCCUCGUGUGGAGUACACAGCAGAGGAGACUGCUACCUGGAAGGAGGUGUACAGUACUCUGAAAAGCCUGUAUCCAACCCAUGCCUGCAAGGAGUACCUAGAAGCUUUUAAUCUGCUGGAGAAAUUCUGUGGCUACAAUGAGAACAACAUCCCCCAGCUGGAGGAGGUCUCCCGCUUCCUGAAAGAAAGGACUGGAUUCCAGCUGCGGCCAGCAGCAGGACUGUUGUCUGCUCGUGACUUCCUUGCCAGCCUGGCCUUCCGUGUGUUCCAGUGCACACAGUAUAUCCGCCAUGCAUCUUCACCCAUGCACUCCCCUGAGCCGGACUGCUGUCAUGAGCUGCUGGGCCAUGUCCCAAUGCUGGCUGACAAGACAUUUGCCCAGUUCUCCCAGGACAUUGGGCUUGCAUCUCUGGGAGCAACUGAUGAAGAAAUUGAGAAACUGGCAACACUUUACUGGUUUACAGUGGAGUUUGGACUCUGCAGACAGAAUGGGAUAGUCAAAGCCUAUGGGGCAGGGCUCCUGUCUUCCUACGGGGAGCUGAUACACUCCUUGUCAGAUGAACCAGAGGUACGGGACUUUGAUCCUGACGCUGCUGCCGUUCAGCCCUACCAGGACCAGAACUACCAGCCUGUGUAUUUUGUGUCUGAGAGCUUCAGUGAUGCCAAAAACAAGCUGAGGAACUACGCAGCACAUAUCAAGCGGCCCUUCUCAGUGAAAUACGAGCCGUACACCCACAGCAUCGAGCUCCUGGACAGCCCCCAGACCAUCUGCCACUCCCUGGAGAGUGUAAGGGAUGAGCUUCAUACACUGAUUAACGCGCUCAAUGUGAUCAGUUAAUAAGAGAACUGUGCUCUUCCAUUCCCCUCUGCCCUCCCCUGUUCCUAGCCUGUAACUUUUACCUGUUGUCUCCAAACAUUUGCACUGCUACCUGUCCCCCUGCUACCCCAACAGUUUCCCACAUUGGAAUGUAGGGCCAGCUCAGAGGAAGGCAGAGAGACAAACCCAAGUCCUGUGGCAUCUUAAGUGGCUUUGCCUUUGACUGCUGGGAGAGGCUUAACACAGUCUAAAGAUAGAGGUCAGGCUACAAAGUUGAAGUCAAGAGUUGUGGACUAGGCCCCUGGAUACAGCUCCUACCUGUUACAGCUUUUUGCACUUAAAAAAAUGCAGAGCUGUUCAGGAACACUUCUGCUGGAAUCAAGAUCAUGAGAUUUAAGAUUUCAGCUCCCACCUUCCCCUCAGCUUCUUGUGCAUGACCCCCUGAGCUCACAGCCUCACAAGGACACAAGAAGCACUACAAUAUCCUUGAAAUUCUAUAUUGACCUAAACCAGCAGUAUCUGCCUAGUACAGAGGAGCAUCCAACCUACCUGCAUUCUCCCCAUCUCAACCACCAUAAACGAAUCCCAAACUCAAAGGAAAAACCUCCAAAUCCUCUUUCAAAAUCUGCCAAUGCUGUGGCAGCCCCUUUUAUCAUCUACAGCUUCAAUUGUCUCCUAAUGGCUCCCACUUCUCACCUUCCUAGCCCCACCUGUGUUGCAGUUUCCCUAAUGGGAGUUCAUCAAGGGAGGGACACAUCACAAUCAGCUGUGCUGUUGGUACUCAGUAACUCAGCUACUGCUGCUCACAGCAGAUAGCAACCACAGCUGCUGAUGCUCAUGUGUGCUGGUGGCCUUGGGCAGCCUUGGUGCUUAAGUUUAUCAGUUCUGGCACUCAAGUCCCGUGGCAUAAUUUCACAUGCUUUCAGUCCUCCAGUACUGAACAAACACAGUAUCACCUUGUUUUGCAUAGCCUAAUAUCACUGUCACCUGUUGUAGUUCAGAUGCAUAACUAAUACUAUUCCUGUUCACUUCUGAGGAAAGUAGCACACAAUUAAGAUGUGCAAGUCCAGUUUCAUCUAGCUUUCACUGUUGAUACAAAUCACUUGCUCUGGCUCAGAGCUCUCAGUUUUCCUCCCCCUGUUCCAGCCCUUAUCUUCUUACCAGCUGUCUCACGACUGAGCAGUUUGCUCAGAAGUAUGGCCCAAGGUUAUGCAGCUGGGCAGUAUCAGAGCUGGGCUUGGGAUGCGCAGAGGCAGCACAACAGUCAGGGGGACAGCUGGUUGGGGAAAUAUGGGUAGUCAUCAAUCAUCAAUAGUAACAUUUCUGUAUAGACUUCUAGCUUCCUUAUUUUCUGCAUAAGGAUUUUUAUCACUUAUUCCUGAAGGAAACGUAAGGCCUAACAGUUAAUUUCUGCUAUUGAUCAGAUAGCCUCCAAUACUUACAAAUGCCACCACCCUUCAGCAUCACUUCUACUGUUGCUCAGUCAUAAUAACCUUACAAUAAUAACCCAAUAUAUAUUUCCCAUUUCAGAUUAAUGUUUAAGUAUAUUUAACCCUCAGUUCUCUCCAAUUGUAAAUGGCUAGCUGCUGACAACACACCGUUAGUCUCCCAUUAGCUUCAAGCAUCCUUUCUGCUUCCUCUCCUCCCUUAUUUGACCCUCUUCGAAAUUCCUCCUCACUUUGCUCAAAAGAGCAUUACAGAAACCAGCAGUUCAGCACUAGGCCUGGCUGCUUCUCCUCCAAUUGGUCCUCCUUGGAGAAUUGUCCCGUAAAUGAACAAAACUACCUACUUCAUUCAGCUGUUGUAAUUUUAGAACAUUUUUCCAAAGCUUCAGCUAUGAUUUCCCAAUCUGGGUGGAUCCAGAUCUUUGAGCUGCAACUCUCAAGGUUCCCUUAAGAGCUGUAACAAUUUUUAAUUUGGGAUCUUAAGUUAUUACUAUCAUAUUAAGUAGCUGCAGCAAGGUAAUCGAGGCUAAGGAAGGCUAGGUCACAGGUUAGCUAAAUCACUACAAAAAAGAGGCCACUGUUUUGGCCUCAAAGCCCAAAAAGGUUGCCUUGGAUUCUCCAAGGCACUUCACAGUCAUUUUCUGCCUUGUUGAAUGUCUAUAAUUAACGCGAUUUAUAAAAAGAACAAAGCUGUUAAUAUGGAGUGAGGAGCCAAGUUAAAAAUUCUUCCAAACUGCCGGAGACCUCAACUCCUCCGCUUUGCCUUGGAGUUUGCAUCCUGCACCAUGACUCUCUCAGCUGCUGCUUGCUUGUGGGGCUGUAGUAAAAUCUGUUGCCCAACAAAAAUAGAAAAUAAGCAAAGCUUGAGGCAUAAACCAGCACCGCUCGCAUGCAAGCACAUAAACAGAUCUGCUGCAGCCACACACGUCAGCAUGAGUGAGUGGCAGUCCCUUACUCCUGAAGUGGGACAGGGCUGGGCUCACUGAGCAGGCUGGGUGCUGUGCACUUAUUCCUUUCUAUCCAAUUUCAGAUAUAUUAUUUUGCCCUCUACUUCAUAAUCCAUGUAUGAAUUUUAUUAUUUUUUCCACAGCUUCCCUAUUCUUCUCAUGUUGCUUCUAAGCCUUAUUUCUUCCUUACCCUGCCCAAUAUUUUAGUCUUAGACGUGGAGCCACCAAGGAACACACUAGCCAAACAAAAUAUGACACUGUUGUAAACCAGUCCCUCAUUUGGCACUGCUUCUUAAACCUACUAAGAUCAAAGGUAAUUUUUCAGUCCAUCAUUUUGGAUAUUGCCCUACAAUUAGGUUUAGUCUAUUUUUAACACUCUUUUUUUUUUUUUUCCCUGCUGGUCUGGAGGAUUGCAAGUAGUAGUGGAUGCUGAGUCUGUUUAAUCUCCCAGUUACUCAUAAGACUUGAGUUACUUCACUUACAAAAAACUCUCCUACAUUCAUCCUAUUUCAACUGCUGUUCUGUAUCUGUGGACAAUCUCCUUCAACAGCAUAUUUACAGUUACAGUGGCUGUAUUCCUUCUAGUGGGAAAAGCCCCAACCUACGCUGAAAAGAUGUUCGUGGUGUCAGAUACAGACCUCUUUCUUUUGUCUGUGACAGUUUAAGUGCAUUAUCUGUUUGCAGUAUCUGCCAGUAUCCCUGGUUUAGCCAAUGCAGCAGUGCUGACAGUUUUCUUAUGUUCACUUUUGUGUCAUAUUAUCACAGAAUAUCUUGGGUUGGAAGGGACCUUAAAGACCACCCAGUUCCAAUCUCCUGCCAUGGGCAGGGUUGCCAAAUACUAGAUCAGGCUGCCCAGGGCCCCUUCCAGCCUGGCCUUGAACCCCUCCAAGGAGGGGGCAUCCACAGCCUCUCUGGGCAGCUGUGCCAGUGCCUCACUGACCUUUGAGUAAACUGCAAACCUCAUGUCAUUUUUCUUGGCUUCAUUUGGGGCCAAAUAUAAAUUUAUUGCAUUUUUUAUUUUAUAGUACCUUUCUCUUUCUCUCUCUCUUUCCCCCUUUUAUUUAUUUAUUUAUUUGUUUGUUUGUUUGUUUGUUUGUAUCAGUCUGAGAUGAUUUGACCUCAUUCACCAAGGCACAUUAUCCAUCCCUUCUUUUCUUUUAGCUGGUUCCUGGCUGGGGCUGCUGUAAAUAAAUUCGGAGUCCAUUUGUAUACUUGCUCAUUAAAUUGUUUCUUAGCAUUGGGUUCAGCCUUCUUACAUGCUUUAGCUUCCUUCACAUAUAUUUUAUUCCCACUCUCUCUCUAAGCAUGUAAAAUAAACAUCCAGUUUUCUUUGUGGGUGUCCCAUUAUCUGCUUACCAUCACCCUUCUCACUAUAAGACAACCAGUAUUUUACUCUAGUAUCAACAAGGUAGCUAUCUGUAAGGAUAUAUUGGAUUUAUGUCUUUUACUGCUCCCUAUGACAGCCUGAGCUUUUGCUCCUUGCCAACAUCCUUUCUCUAGUUCCCUCAUUCCACUAAUAACACCACUCUCAAUUAUUUUUCUUCUCUGUACAAGCUUAGCACUCCUGUGGGCACAGAGUACCUUUGUUUUAUUGCUGGUUUCCUUUCAAAGAAUGUCCACAUCUUAACCCAUUUCUUCUCUUUGUGCUUAAGAGUAGAGUAUGUGUAGAUCAGGAUGCAACCAAAAUAUUAAUGAUGAAAGCUACAAGGACCACCACAGACCAGACCAGACCUGGCUUGCUCAUGGUCAGGGAAAUUUUGGUCUGGUCCCUGGAGAAGGGGGAAUGCAUAUUCUAUUGGUAUCCAUUUUCCUCCACUACUUUUCUGUAACAGUACUGCUCCCACAGAAUGAGAUCAUGCUGAAAUUCUUAUAUCACUGACUUCCCUUCAACUGUGUGUUCUAUUGCAGUUGCUUUUUGGGCAGCUUCUUUUGCUAUAGGUAAAUUGUCGUUGCACUCCUUGCUUCAGCUCCAUUCCUGUUUCUUCUGUAACUGUCAUAAUGCUUUGACAGUACUAGCAAAGCUACAGAGAUGGUGCCACAAGAAAUCCAAUCCUCCCAGCACUCUCCAGUGUUCAGUCUGAGUAAUGGGAGUCUUUAUUUCACAGAAAGUUUACGUUUCCUAACAUCUAUCUUGUUUCUUCAGUUCCAGUUCUCCAUCGGUUAACCUGGGACUGCAUUAAAUGUGCCGUACUCGAACUGACUUUAAAUCCCUCUUGCUCUAUUAAUUUUAAAACUCAGAUGCCUCUUCCUUGUAACUCUUCUUCUGUAGCUGUGGUCCCCAGAAUAUCUUCUACAUAAUAUCUUUUCUGUGUCCUCCAGAGACCAUCAUUCAAACACUUUCUGAACAAAAGCGUGUGCAGCAAGGCAGGUGCUUGGCCCUGUGGGAUGCAAGUAGAUACUGCUUGUCUCUUAGUGUGAAAGCAGCUCCAUACAUCAGUCCUUCUCUUUCAUCUUGCCACAUGUGAAUCAUGGAGCGCAUUUGUGCCACUUGUUCUCCUAAUUUAUCUCCUGUCCAAGGAGCGUGACUCUGCAGUGUGGCUGCCGGGGGAGUGGAGACAACAGUGCUCUGCUGAGGCUGGAUGGUGAACACAUGGUCCUGCGGAUAUACAAGUAACUUUUUGUCAGUUCUUUAAAAACUCCCCACAUUCCCCAGCAUACCCAUUAAUGUUGACACAUCCUUGUCUUGCUCGUCUGCUGCUGCAGUUUGUUCUGCUGUACCUGCCUGUCCCAGGAUGGCAGCCAUUUUCAGCUGUGGGAUAUACCUCUGUUCUCAAAUUCUUUCUUUUCCCAUUCGUUUGCAUCAUCCCUGAAAUCAUAUUCCUCAGAUGGUUCCUAGUCCAGUUCUCUCCAUCACUUCCUGCAGAUCCAGCAGUUAUUUUUAAUCUUUACGUCCCAAUCUGCUUUUGCAAGCAUCUAAUUUUAGCUUCACGUUCACUAUGAUCAGGUCCCUUUUGAGCCCUCCCUUGCUCCAGGGUGGUUCACUGUACUAUAUACAUUAAUCCGUUAUCUUUUGCAGUUUUUCUCUCUUUUUCUAAGCUCAUCUGCUUCUCUAAUUGCCAUUGCAUCUCCUUAUUGCCUUCUUGGGCCACUAGAUGGUAUUCCUUUUCUAAAGACAGCUUAUUUUAAGUCACUUGAUAGACUCUUUUAAAAGCACAAUUUUAACACUGGAGCACUUGAUAUCCUGGCAUUGCCUUGUCUCAGCCAACUCAGAUUAUUGUUACUGCUUCCCAUAACAGUCCCCUAGAAGAGAUGGUGUAUCCUUGAGUCUCGAUCCUUGCUCUCCCAUAUCAGGGAACAUUUGGCUUGUAUCACCCAUCAGCUUACUGUGAGCUGAAGCGACACCAGGAGAGGCACUAGCAGCCUAGGCUGUAAUCUCUGGUAUUGUUGGGAUUUCCUGUAGCCCUCCACUAUUUCCACUUUUAAGCUUUUCCUGAGUCUAGUCAGAAUUUUCCCAAGCUUUCAAUUUCAUCUUAAGGUAUCCCUUACAUUCAGUGCAUGAGGCUGGUUGGAUUUAGAGAGUUGCUCUGUAAGCAUAAUGGAAGCACAGAGGAGUGUUGCUCCAAAGGAAGGACUUUGGUGAGCACCGAUGUGGCCCCCAGUCACACUCUCCACCAAAAGAUGCUAUAAUAAAGUUCUUUCUUUCUGUCAGUGGAACAAAUGUGUAUAAUGGUGUGGCUUCUCAGAGCUAAGCAUGAGCUCAUGUCCUUUGGUUUGGGCUAGGGGUCAUUACAGGUCUUAUAAGGGAACUGGGAUUGUUUAGCCUGGAGAAGAGGAGGCUCAGAGGAGACCUUAUGGCUCUCUACAGUGGCCUGAAAGGAGGCUGUGGCAAGUGGGGCAUCAGCCUCUUCUCCCAAGUAACAGAGAUGGGAUGAGAGGAAAUGGCUUCAAUUAGCACCAAGGGAGGUUCAGGUUGGGCAUUAGGAAACAUUUCUUCUCAGAAAGGGUGGCAAGGCAUUGCAACAAGGUGCCCAGGAAGGUCCCGUCCCUGGAGGUGUUCAAGUACCGUGAAGAUGUGGUUAGUGGGCAUGGUAGGGGGUUGCUGGUUGGACUAGAUGAUCUUAGAAGUCUUUCCAACCUUAAUGACUCUUUGAUUCUAUGGGAGCCUUUGUGCCAUUCCCCUAGACUUCAUCCAAUGUGGCUGUGCACUCUAUGAAAGGUGACGAGGAGAAAGCUGAUGUGAUAGUACACUAAGCAUGGGCUGGGCAGGCAGGGGUGGAAGAUAGGACAAAAGCUUUCCUCUUAGCCAGCCCUGACAUACCCUCCCAGUGCGUCCCAGUGCAUCCCAGUGCCUUGCUGAGCGGUCUCUGCUGUUGUCACUGCUGCUGCUGUGGAUGGAUCUGUCUUUCUGUCUCUCUGCAUAAAGAAACAUGAAACAGAAUUAUUUUUCAUUUUGGAAUUGUGCUGCUGCUGACAUAAUAUUAAGAAUAAAAACUAUAUUUCUGGUCUAGCACCCUGA